AUGAAGGCUCUAAAGGUGCUUUUUGGAGUAAGUGGAAUUUCUAGAAAGCUUGACACUAUCUUGUCUUUGCUCCAUUUAGUAGUAUCGCUCAGCUCUUUAUUAGAUGGAAUUUUAAUAUACUUAAUUUUUCCCACUUUUAUUUUCCUCGUAAUUAAAAUUAAAAUCCAAAAUUUCAAGCUCUGUUCGUCAUAUUUCAAUAAGUUAGGUCGGAUGACGGUACUCGCACUUGAUCCAGCCAUCUGGGCCCUGUCUUUGCCCCACCGGACGCAGAUAAUCUACCCAACGGACGCGAGUAUGAUUGUGGGCCAGUUGGAUUUGGUCCCUGGAUCGAGGGUACUCGAGGCAGGAACAGGAAGUGGGGCUCUAACUCAUGCUCUUGCACAGGCUGUGUGGCCAUCUGGACAUGUCUCCACCUUCGACUUUCAUGAAGAAAGAAUGGAAAGAGCUAGAGCUGAAUUUGAGGUUUGUUGUGAUCGUACGGCGAUCACUGUGUCGGGACUUUAUUUUAGAUUCCUUAUCUCCAGUUUAUUUCCAUUUAGACGUUUUACCCGUGUGUUAUUGAGAGUGAUAAAAAUUUCACCACAAAUAAUGCGCUUGUGCUUAUUCUUCCAUUCACUAGGGAGAAUAAGACAAGGGUCAACUUCAUUAACAGUGGUUAGGUGUUGUUCUCAUGGUCUUAGAUUUGACGGACUUAUGCACUAA